AGGCGAAAAAAUGUUUUUUUUUAAAGAAAAAAAGCCUUGUGCUCUCUCUCUCUCUCUCUCUCUCUAGUCUCUAUUCCAGAGAAAGGGAAAAUAAUUCUCCUUGUUGAUACUUUCUACUGGGCUUUGCUUUGAUUUACUUUUACUCUCCAUCUCCACAAUAAUAUUCCUUUGGUCUCUCUGCAAAUCUCUUCGUUCUCGUCGCUCAGUGUGUUCUUCUUCCGAUCUUCGCUUCAAAACCAAAGCUAUCCCUUUGGAUUCAAAACCUCGUUCUCGGCGAAAGAGGGCUUGUAUGAUAAAUCCACAGCCGCCUUCAUAUAUAAUCAUAAAUUAGGGUUUUUAGGCGAAUCAAAAUGAGUCAGUUUCAAGUUUCUGUUGGACACAGAUGUUCGCCUCUUGAGGUCAGGUCCGGUCCAGUCAGCAAAAAAAAAAAGACAAAACAGUUAAUAAGGCGAAAGAUAUGGAAGAGGAGAGUAACGUUAGUAGCUCCCCUUCAACGCGGCUUAGGCAUCGAAAACAACAACGCUCCUCCUCUGCGGAGGCUGUUGUUGAUGGGAACCCAAGCCCUCUCCUUGUUAAUGAUCAAAACAAGUACAAAUCUUUCAUGGUCCGGACAUAUUCGACAAUAUGGAUGAUUGGUGGGUUCGUCAUGGUUGUCUACAUGGGCCAUCUCUAUAUCACUGCCAUGGUGCUUGUCAUCCAGAUCUUUAUGGCCAAAGAGCUCUUUAAUCUCCUCAGGAAAGCGCCUGAGGAUAAAUGUCUCCCUGGAAUCAAACACCUCAAUUGGCACUUCUUUUUCACUGCCAUGCUUUUCGUGUAUGGCCGGAUCCUUAGUCAACGGUUGGCUAAUACUGUCACUGCUGACCAGUUCCUAUACCGGCUUGUCAGUGGCCUAAUCAAAUACCAUAUGGCUAUCUGUUACUUGUUGUAUAUUAUAGGUUUCAUGUGGUUCAUCCUGACGCUAAAAAAGAAGAUGUACAAGUACCAGUUUGGCCAAUAUGCAUGGACCCACAUGAUUUUGAUUGUCGUCUUUACUCAGUCCUCCUUCACUGUUGCCAACAUUUUUGAAGGAAUCUUCUGGUUUCUUCUUCCAGCAUCCUUAAUUAUAAUCAACGACAUCUUCGCUUACAUUUUCGGUUUCUUCUUUGGAAGAACGCCCUUAAUAAAGCUAUCUCCAAAGAAAACGUGGGAAGGAUUCAUCGGAGCCUCUGUCACAACUAUCAUCUCUGCAUUUUUUCUUGCUAAUAUUAUGGGUCGUUUCCUAUGGCUGACAUGCCCUAGGCAGGAUUUGUCCACUGGCUGGCUACAAUGUGAUGCGGAUCCAUUGUUCAAGCCUGAACCUUUUACCUUACCUGCGUGGAUUCCAGGAUGGUUUCCUUGGAAGGAAAUGGAGGUCCUCCCUGUUCAGUGGCAUUCGUUAUGCCUCGGUUUGUUCGCAUCGAUCAUAGCACCUUUCGGUGGGUUUUUCGCCAGCGGGUUUAAAAGAGCAUUCAAAAUCAAGGACUUUGGUGAUAGUAUUCCAGGACACGGUGGGAUCACGGAUAGAAUGGACUGCCAGAUGGUAAUGGCAGUAUUUGCUUACAUAUAUCUCCAGUCAUUUAUAGUCUCCCAAAGCGUUUCCGUUGACAAAAUCCUGGACCAGAUAUUGACGAACCUUACCUUGGAGGAACAACAAGCUCUCUUCACGAGAUUAGGGCAAAUGAUUGGUUACUCGUAGUUUCCCACUGCCAAAAAUACUUUUCCUCAGAUUCUUCCAAGAACAGCUUCUGUAACUCUGAAUCAGUACUAGAGACAAUCCUUUGAAAUUGGAUAAGAUUUGUUUUAUGGCAUUGUAAAUCCUCUCUUGAAGUUAGAAGUUUUUUUUUCUAAAAAGGUCCUCUCAUUUGAUGCAAUAGGUUUGAAGUUACAAUUGCAAAGUUGUAUCUACUAUCUACUUAGCUAGUAGCAUCGGUAGUUCGUAUGUAUUUUUGUUCCAUGUU